AUGCUGGCACAACCACCCAUCUUCAGGUCGUGCAGCCACCGAGCCACACGACCACAUAAGCCCAAGAAGGGGCACAACUGUAAGCUUACGCCCGAUCUCAGAACGCGUCGAUUCGAUUCGUGGUCUAGAGCACAUGCAAGGGCAUCCCGCGUCGCAUGCGCCCUGUCCCUGUCAGCCCUGGUGGCUCGUCCCAGACCCCGUCGACGCCCACAAGUCAUCGACGUCGCAACGACGUCUUCCCCCAUCUCUUCGGGGUGUGGCUUGAGAGGCAGAAGAAUUAGCGCCAACCACGACGGGAAGCAAAGAUGA